UAAAGUCAAGUGAACCACUGGGAGAUUUUGGUAUAUCCAAAUCUCUUGCAAAAGCCUGUAGCUGAUUUAUCCUCCAGCUUCAGACCCCUGGGCAGCAGAACAGCCCAGCCUGCGGCUGUAUGCAGGGCUUUUUGGAAAGGAAAAUGAAGAUGAAAGCCUGCAGUCCUUUCAUUGUUGUCAUCCUGGCUUUGACUUUCAGCAGUGACUGUACAGGGAUGAACCGUGGGUUUACACAAAGAAGAGGCCCAGUACAUGAAAUCUUUCACCACAGAGUGUUUACAGAGGAUGAACAGCUAUGUACAUUUCCCUUUCGGUAUGGUGGAAGGAUGUACCACGCAUGUAUAUCAAAUCUAUUUUCUCAAAAGAAAUGGUGUUCAACCACACAUAACUAUGAUCGCGACAGGAAGUGGGGUUAUUGUGCUUCUGCGUCCAAAGACCAUAUAGAUUUCUCAGAUUAUUGUGCAAGGCACCCAUGCAAAAAUGGAGGGACCUGUUCCGUUGCCUAUGAUCAUAGUUCUUAUCACUGCGCAUGUCCUGAGGCAUUCACAGGAAAAGACUGCGAGAUUGGGAAGUGUUUUGAUGAAAGUCGCUAUGAGUACUUUGACACUGGCGAAAGUUGGGCAAGAAUCCACAAAGGAAUAGUGGAAGAAUGCACGUGUGUUAACAGCGGAAUUGAAUGCCAAAACACACGAUACACAAGUUGCACCAGUAAUCCUUGUCUCCAUGACAGUGCCUGUAGAAUGAUUGUCUUCACUGGGAAAACUAUAUGUGGUUGCAAAGAAAACUUUGUAGGAAAAUAUUGCAAUAUUGUCCCUUACCAACGAUGUUAUCGUGGCAAUGGUACAGAGUACAGGGGGGUUGUAAAGACGACUGUUUCUGGACACAGUUGCGUGCCCUGGAAUUCAGAUUUGCUCUACCAAGAACUUCAUGUUGACAGUGUUGAAAAAGCUGUGCAGCUGGGCUUGGGACCCUACUCUUACUGCAGAAACCCAGAUAAUGAUGAGAAGCCCUGGUGUUACAUCAUGAAGGACAAUACUUUGUCUUGGGAAUAUUGUAACAUUACAUCUUGUGAUGCCAGGAAAAGGAUACCAGAUAUAGUUCCAGAUAUUGUGGAUACCUUUGCAGUUGUCAAAAGAGCAUGUGGAAGAAGACACAAAAAACGAAGUUUCAUCAGACCUAGGAUUAUUGGCGGCUCUUCGUCUCUACCAGGCUCUCACCCCUGGCUAGCAGCCAUAUAUAUUGGAAAUAACUUCUGUGGUGGCAGCCUUGUUCAUCCUUGUUGGGUAGUGUCAGCAGCCCACUGCUUUGCUAACAGUCCACGGAAGUCCAGUAUUAGAAUUGUUCUGGGUCAGCAUUUUUUUAAUAAAACAACAGAUGUAACGCAAACAUUUGAAAUAGAGAAAUACGUUUUGCACCCAGAUUACUCAGUAUUCGACCCAACUGAACAUGAUAUUGUUUUAAUUAGGCUCAAAAAGAAUAACAAACGUUGUGCUGUCAAGACCCAGUUUGUUCAGCCAAUCUGCUUGCCAGAAAGCGGCAUGUCCUUCGCUGAUCAACACAAAUGUCAGAUUGCUGGAUGGGGACACAGGCGUGAGAAUGCAUCCAACUAUUCUAACGUUUUGCAAGAAACAUUGGUUCCCAUUGUUCCUGAGCAUAAGUGCAGAAGCCCUGAAGUUUAUGGAGAUGAAGUUAGUGAAUACAUGUUCUGUGCUGGUUACUUUGAUAGCAAAUCAGAUGCCUGCCAGGGUGAUUCUGGUGGAUCUCUGGCCUGUGAAAAAAAUGAAAUAUCUUACCUCUAUGGGAUUAUCAGCUGGGGAGAUGGAUGCGGCAGGGCCAACAAACCUGGAGUUUAUACCCGAGUGACCAAAUAUGUGGACUGGAUAAAUAAGCUAAUCUCUCCCCAAAAACAAAUAGCAGAACUUCCGUAUGUUACUGUUGCCACGCACGUUGUAUGAACAUUAUAUCCUAGAGUAACAUAUGUAUGGCCAAUAAUUCUUAGCAAUUCUUAGCUGUACCAUUAAAAUUGAUCUGAUGUCAGUAAACUGUAUCUUUUGAUUUUGAAUUUGAGGGCACUGAAUGGCUCCAAUAAUGAGAUGCAGAGCUUUUCACGUUUACGUCAUUAGUUGGAAUAUAUAUCUCAAGCUGGUAUGUACCAAAACUCAUGGCUAUCUGGUGCCUGCUUCCUGAUCUGUGUGAAAUGCAAAGGUGCUGACUCCAUGGGUGCUCUGGGGCUGGAGAACCCAUGGGGAAAAAAAUAGUGAGUGCUCAGCACCCACUGGCAGUCCCCAGCACCCACUGGCAGUCCCACUGAUCAGUUCCUCCCCCUUCCUUCUAGCGCCUCCCGCCCGCCGUCAUCAGCCGUUCUGUGGUGAGCAGGAGGCAGUGGGGGGAGGAGGAGGAGUGAGGGUGGGGCACACUCAGGGGAGGGGUGGAGUGGGCGUGGGAAGAGGUGGGGUGAGGGCUUGGGGAAGGGGACGGAGUGAGAGCAGGGUCUAGGUCGGAGCAGGAGUCCAGCACCCUUGGGAAAAUCCUAAAGUCAGCACCUCUGGUGAAAUGAGUUAGUUGGUGGUCUCCAGCCAGUCCCUGGUGGAGGGUUGGCCACAUCACAAAACUCACCCUCAAAACUGGCAUCCUUGUUGCUAAGCCUAGCACAGAGUUCAAGAAGUGAAUGACCAUGGAGACUGAAAUACUCUCACGCCCUUACAGGUGUUCCCUGCAGGUCAAUGUUGAGACACGUUGGCAGAGCAUUACAGGAAAAUGUGCACCGCAGCUGCCUGUGCCAAACCAGUUCUAUGGAAAAAUAGAGGUCUUGGGCCAUGAAUCAGCAAAGUACUUAAAGUUAAGUACAUUCUUUGCUGAAUAGGGGUGGAUUUAAGGAUGUGCCUAAAAUUAAGAACAUACGGACUUCAGUGCUUUGCUGAGUCAGGACCUUAAUUUUCCAGUGUGCUCAGUCCAACACUUCCCCAAAGUGCUACAUUUACUAUUUAAAAAAACAUUUCAGAGUGAUUGACUCGGACCUUUCUGAGACCACAUCAGUUGCUGCUCAUGCUGAGAGUUGUAGUGUAAACACAUCACUUCAACAACCAUUGAAGAGUGAUUAAUUGCCUUUUGGCUUUUUCUUGUUUUAAUGAUGUCUCACAUUAUUGUAUUAAUAAAUAUUGUAAUUGUUUUGGAACUUAAAAAAUAUGGGUCCCAUAUAUUAUAAAAAAGAACAGAUAGGUAGUAGUGAGUCACAAAUAAUUUUUCUUGGAGAUUUAUUGAUUACAUGUCAUGUUAUAUAGGUUACCGUCCAAUGGAACCAUCGAUAACACAGAUGGUGGCAAUGAUUGCAUACUCUGUCACCCUAACAAAAAGUCAAACUGCAUUGAUUUGACAUCAGAAAGCCAUAAUCUCUGACUUGUCAUCAGAAUGGUAGAUUAUGGCUUUUUAAAAAUAGAGCUUCUAAACAUGUCAGUUACAUGAAGUCCUGGAAUUUUAGUUCAGAUGAUCUUAUUCAAAUAUUGAAUUGAAGAGUUUUUAAGAGGCUUUUACUAUACUAUUAAAUAUUUUCAAAAAUUGUUUUAAAAUAUCUGAAACUUUAAAAUGGUGAUUGGGUACACCUAUAUUUUAUACCAUUAAAAUAAUUGAUUCCAUUUGAUGGUUCUGG